CAUUAUCUUCGACCACAGGAGAUCCGACGGGAGAGUACGGACCAUUGAACAGACACCACUCCCUUACCAUCCUGUCACCACCACACUCACAGUCAUGGCAUCCAUCAUGCGGCCGACGCUCCUCCGCCAGGUGCAGAAGACUGCUUCCACCCAGCGCGCCUCUUCUUCCAUCAUCUCCAGCCUGCGAACGGGCCCGCAAUCCGCUUUGACGACACGAGUUCCACGAUCCGCCUUCCAAACAUCUGCUGCCCGCAAGAUUCUGCCACCGCUUCCACAGGUGGUCCGAGGAGGUGUAAACGACCCUGCUCCCGUUCCAGAGUCGCACCCGAGCCAUGGAAGCUAUCACUGGACUGCUGAGAGAGCCGUCUCUAUCGGUCUCAUUCCAUUGACCAUAAUGCCCUUUGCUGCUGGUUCCCUCAACCCAGUCAUGGAUGGUGCCUUGAUUGGCUUGACCAUCAUCCACACAUAUAUCGGCUUUGGUGCCGCAAUAACGGAUUACUUCCCAACAUGGCGCGUGCCAAAGACCCGCAAGAUUGCCGACUGGGCCAACGUGCUCAUGGUCUUCAUCGUCGGCUGGGGAUACUACGAAUUCGAGACGAACGACGUUGGACUGACGGAGGGUAUCAAGAGAAUCUGGAAGGCUGGUGCGAAUGCAAAGGAUGCGGAAGCUAAGCUGGCCGGUGGUCCUCUGGACAAACUUUAGAUGGCUUGAGCAUGAGAGGCGGCGAGAGGAGCUGCAGUGUUGUGCGGUUUCCAGUGUACAAUUGACUCGGAUCAGAACGAGUAACCAGAGAGGCAGGCAUACAUGGUACAGUGCUCAAUGCCAGAAUAUCGGAAAAUCGGCUACU